AUGGGUUUGUUGAACCCUCCCAAGUGUACUUUGACGAGUGGCAGUACUGACACCAAGCAUAUUUUGAUGAGUGCUCAUGCUGACACAAGUGACUUGCUGUCUUCUGAAUAUCUUGAGAGGCAUAUUGAGCAAGGUGGGAAGACAGUGGAAGUUAAAGGAGGAGAACAUUGCUAUUAUCAGGGAGAAAUUCGAGGAAAUCCAGUAUCAUUUGUUGCCUUGUCAACAUGCCAUGGAUUACAUGGGAUGUUCUAUGAUGGAAAUCACACCUACCUUAUUGAGCCAGAUGAAAACUACACUUCUGAUGAUGACUUCCAUUUCCACUCUGUCUACAAAUCCAAGUUGUUUGAGUUUCCUUUGGAUGACCUGCCAUCUGAGUUCUGGCAAACGAAUACUACGUCACCGAAGUUUGUCGUAAAGCCAAGACAUAAAAGAAGUAAAAGGCAGGUUCGACGGAUUCCACGUAAAGUUGAAGAGGAAACAAAAUACAUUGAGUUAAUGAUUGUAAAUGAUCAUCUAAUGUGUAAAAAGCACCGCUUGUCAGUCGGCCAUACAAACAGCUAUGCUAAAUCAGUUGUGAACAUGGCAGAUCUAAUAUAUAAAGAACAACUUAACACCAGGAUAGUAUUGGUUGCCAUGGAAACCUGGGCUACUGAUAACAAGUUCACCAUAUCUGAAAACCCCGUGGUGACCCUACGUGAGUUUAUGAAAUAUAGGAGGGAUUUUAUCAGAGAGAAAAGUGACGCAGUUCACCUUUUUUCGGGGAGUCGAUUUCAGAGCAGUCGAAGUGGUGUAGCCCACACUGGUGGAAUCUGCUCCUUGCUUAAAGGCGGAGGUGUGAAUGAGUUUGGAAAGCCAGACUUAAUGGCAGUUACUCUGGCACAGACCUUGGCCCAAAACAUUGGCAUUUUCUCAGACAGAAGAAAACUUAUAAGUGGUGAAUGUAAGUGUGAGGACACGUGGUCUGGAUGCAUAAUGGGAGACACGGGGUAUUAUCUUCCAAGCAAGUUCUCCAAGUGUGAUAUUGAAGAGUAUUAUGAGUUUUUAAACAAUGGAGGUGGAGCCUGCCUUUUCAAUAAACCAACCAAACUUCUGGAUCCCCCAGAAUGUGGCAAUGGCUUCGUGGAAGAUGGAGAAGAGUGUGACUGUGGGACGAUAGCGGAGUGUGCCAGCGAAGGAGGAGAGUGCUGCAAUACUUGCACCUUGACGGCAGGCUCCCAGUGCAGCAACGGGCUCUGCUGUCGGAAAUGCCGGUUUGAACCUAAAGGAGUUUUGUGCCGAGAAGCAGUCAAUGAUUGUGAUAUUGCAGAGAACUGCACAGGAAAUUCCAGUCAGUGUUCUCCCAAUAUUCAUAAAAUGGAUGGAUAUUCAUGUGAUAACAAGCAGGGUAUUUGUUUUGGAGGAAGAUGUAAAACCAGGGACCGACAGUGUAAAUAUAUCUGGGGUGAAAAAGUGACAGCUGCUGACAGGUACUGCUAUGAGAAGCUGAAUAUUGAAGGGACUGAGAAAGGGAACUGUGGAAGAGACAAAGAUUCUUGGAUACAGUGCAAUAAACAGGAUGUGCUUUGUGGGUACCUUCUGUGCUCCAAUAUAUCCAGUGUGCCUAGACUUGGAGAACUUGAUGGUGAAAUCACAUCGUCAGUCUUGCAGUUUGGAAAAGUCUACAAUUGCAGUGGUGGCCAUGUGAAGCUAGAUGAGGAGACGGACCUGGGCUAUGUGGAAAACGGGACGCCGUGCGGGCCGAACAUGGUGUGUCUUGACCAUCGCUGCCUCCCCACUGAGGCCUUUAACUUCAGUACCUGCCCAGGCACCACAGACAGCCAAAUUUGUUCAGGACACGGGGUUUGUAGCAAUGAAAUAAAGUGUGUCUGCGACCGAUUCUGGGGAGGAGAUGACUGCAAUUCUCGUAUCAAAGAUGAUAUGUAUUUUGAUAAAGAUGCCAUGAAUAAAGGUGUUGUUAGCACAAAUAUAAUAAUAGGGGCUAUUGCUGGCACCAUUUUAGUGUUGGCUCUCGUUUUAGGAAUAACUGGUUGGGGUUACAAAAACUACAGAAGACAGAGACAAAUACCCCAGGGCGAUUAUGUAAAAAAGCCUGGAGAGGCCGACUCUUUUUAUAGCGACAUGCCUCCUGGAGUCAGCACAAACUCUGCAUCUAGUUCUAAGAAGAGGUCUGCUUUUCUGUCGCAUUUUCAGAUUUCUACCUGUUCCAUCACCCAUUAUUCCAUUAGUCAGAACAUUUCAUUGUUUUGCAGCAGGUCAAAUGGAUUAUCUCAUUCCUGGAGUGAAAGGAUCCCAGACACAAAACAUAUUUCAGACGUUUGUGAAAAUGGGAGGCCUAGGAGUAAUUCUUGGCAAGGUAAUGUAGGAGGAAACAGAAAGAAAAUCAGAGGCAAAAGAUUUAGGCCACGAUCUAAUUCAACUGAGACACUGUCUCCUGCAAAGUCCCCGUCUUCGUCCACUGGAUCUAUUGCUUCCAGCAGAAAAUACCCUUACCCGAUGCCACCACUGCCUGACGAGGAGAAAAAGGCCAACAGGCAAAGUGCCAGGCUAUGGGAGACAUCCAUUUAGCUGCACUGUUUUCCUGGGGUGACAUCUGAACUGUUUACUUCGAAUUUUAUAGAAACUCGGCAUCGCUGAGUCACUGCACGUUCAUCUGCUCUUCAGACAAUUCAAAAGAUCAACAGAGAUGCCCGUGAUCACAGUGAGAACCUCCUCUCAUCUGGAAGGGAAAAAACCAGUCCUUUUUCUUUCUUUCUUUUUUGUUGACUAGUAUUUUCUGGAUUUGAUGAACGACCAAAAUCAUAACAACUAACAGGGGAUAAUUAGCCAGGACAUGACAAGGUUAUUCUGCAUGGUGACAGAUACACUUACCUAGAAUCCCACUGCAGUUUGCCAGGCCCACAUAAGAGAGGUUUUUCUCUGGUUUAUUGCAGUCCCCAGUCAGACCAGAGUGGAACCGGGAAAGUAUCUCCCGGAGAGCCCAGCUGAUGUAAACUUGUACGCUGUAUGCAUGAACCUUGUGUUCUUUACUUUCCACAUGUAAGGAAAUAAACAACAUACUGUAGUAGAAAUUAGCAUGCAGGAGUAAGAAAUAUAGGAAUUUUUUUUUGUGACAGGAUUUCAAGCUUUGAAAGGCAAAUAUUUGACACAAACAUCAAACAAACAAGGAUUAUAUCUUUUUUUUUUACCUUACAUGUUUGUAAUCUCAGUAUACAGAUUGUAUAUAUGUAAACAUUUGAUAAUGUCAAAAAUAGCUGUUAUAUACAUAAUUGUAUUUUGCCAAAUGCCUAAAGAAACAGUCAUGACUAACAUCAUCACCCUUCAGAUUUUCUAAUAUUACGAGUAGACAUCUUUGGAAAU